UCAGGGUUAUGGGAAACUUCGACUAUACCAUCGGUGCAAAGGCGUGGCCGUGGACGACGAAGCGAAAGGAGAAGCAGAAAUCCCUGGACAGAAGGUGGUGGGGGUAUGGAAGAAGAUCCAGAAGGAUAUGGCGCUGCACAACCUAUUCAAUCACCGGCUUCAAGUUAUGCCUCGAUGUUUAGGCCUAAGAAACGGAAACGUGAGAAGGUGGUCAUCGACAAUUCACAAUAUGACAGUUUACCAAUGUGCGGUAUAGAAGUGCGUCUACCUGUCGGAUUGAAACCCUACCCAUCGCAAAAACUCAUGAUGGUACGCUUGAUCACUUCACUCGCGAAGAGAUUGAAUUUUUUGGCGGAAAGCCCAACAGGAAGCGGGAAAACAUUGGCACUGCUGGCAUCGAGUUGCGCUUGGCUGGAUGACUACAAGAAGAAAAGGCUGGGAGAGGCAAAGGAAAUGGCAAUGUCCGUGCACAAUAGCAGAAGGGAUACAUCAUACGCAUCCAUAAAGCAAGAGCUAGAAGACGAUGUGCAGCUCGAUCAAAAUGUCAAAAGCGAACUUAAUGAGGUU